GAUCGGCCAUAUUCAAGAUUUUCAUUCUAUGCUAUCUCUUUAGCUGUAGCAAAUAUUACCACAUUAACUGUGAACACAUUCAUUGAUGAUUUCCUUGGACGAGGACUAUCUCAUGCAACAAAUCAUCGUUUGUAUUACAAACUCGAUGUGUUAUCAGAAUUUUGGUGUAAAUGUGUGGAGUAUAUAUCGAAUGCAAUGUAUUUCAUAUCAUCUUAUCUUAUUGUCAUUUUUUCAAUUGACCGACUGUUGACUAUUCAUCAACCAAUAAAAUUCUAUUCAACAUUUCAUAAACGCUGGGCACUCAGUGCGUGUAUCAUCGUCUUCUUUGUUGGAAUAAUCAGCAAUACACCUUUGUUGUCUGUGCAAACUCUAGUGGUUGAUCCGUCAAGUCGAACAAAUUUCACAUGUCGAAUGAUUUCUGAACAUCCAGUUGCAAAAUUCACGAUAGCAUUUGAAACUAUCAUCACUUUUACAAUACCAUUCUGCUUGGUAUUGUUCUUAAACACUUUUAUCUGUAUUCGAUUAUGGAAGUUGAAAGCGAAUCGAAGAGCUCUUCUACCAACGGAUUCUUCACGGAAUCAUAUGGAAAUGGGACGAGUGUUCGGACACCUUGCUUUGAGUACAGCAUUCUUGCUACUGUAUUUGCCAAUGGUAUGUGUUGUGUUGAUUCGUCUAAACCAAACUUUAAACCAUAUGGACAGACAUAAACCCUAUGCACUGUGUAUUAUUGAUUUGUCCAGAUUUCUCUCUUCUGUUAAAGAUAUCACCUAUGCAGUUAAUUUCUUUGUAUACUUAAUAUUUCUGAGAAAUUUCAGACAAAGUUUUUGGAAUAUAUUCAGAAGCAUGUGUUGUAAACAGGCACUAACUGCACCUCAGUUAACACUUUACAGACAAGAAGACAAGAGGCAGAAUAAUAAGUUUAGACGUGCAAAAACUGUUCCACACUUUUGA